AUGAAUCGGAAGAAGACUAACAAGAAUAAGAGUGUCCCUUCCCCAUCUCCACUUUUCUACGUACCUCGUCCAGAUGGAAAAGUUCCCUAUUUCAUCGAUCCGCGUGAUCCAAAAGCCAGAGAAGCUGCAGCUAAGCUCAUUGCUGAUCAAGCAAUCGAAGAAUCAGAUGCUCGUCGUGCUGCCGGAGGACCAGUGUUCAACCCAGACAUGCCUGAUGAAAUGAGAAGGACAUUGGAGAGACUUGCACAGUCAUCUAAUAUCAUUGUUCCUGGAUUCUCCAAAGUCAAAGGACCUGAGGAAGAGUUCGAGAAGAUGCAGGAGGCGUUGAGGAAGAAGGAUGAGGAGAAGAAGGAAAAUGGAGAUGGAUCACCUCCCAAGUUCAAAAACUCGAAGCUUCAACAAUGCCCUCCAACCGAUAAAAUCGGAGAACAUUAUAAUAAUGGUGUUUUCUAUGGAAACUACAAGGAUAUCGGUGAUUUGGUCCCAAAUUUUGCAAUGUUUCCGGAUGAUUUCGAAGGAAGAGCAGUCUCGAAGUUUUACAUUCUCAACGAUUUGGAUCGUAGCAGAGAGCCUCCGACGGAAGCUUUUCUGUGUCUGACUAACAUUUUGAGACACUUUCCCGACAAGAAAUUGUAUCUUCGAACUCUUUCCCCAAUUUGCAACGGAAUCAUUGAUAAGCGAGUGGUUGCGGAGGAGGUUCUGGAAAUGCUUCCGCUGGUUCUGCGACAACAAAAAAGUCGGAUUUCUUAUUCUGAUCCACGCCUCUUUCUACUCCAUCAAAUGCAUCAACCAAAACCGUACAGAAAAUAUCACAUCUACAGUACCAUGGGUAUGGAGGAGCUGCAAUUAAUUCUGGAGGAAUUCGACGUGAACAAGAAUCUGAUUACGCUCAUCGAUGAUAAAUCUUUUGAACAGGGACAACGAAGAAUGCAUGAGGAUGGAGAGACUGAAAUUCCAUUCGUGAAUUAUUCGGGCGAGAAGUCGAUGCUCAUCUCUCAAGCAAUUCGACACGUAUUCCACUCGCUGGUUUAUGGAGUUCACUGGGAGAAGGAUCAAUGUGUGAAACAUGAGAAUUGUUUGGAACAAUUCAGAAAGAUGGUUCUGUUCGUUAUGAGGGAAUAUGCAGAGUUUGAUGAGAAUUACCUUAUUGCAAAGGACAUCGUCGACGGACACAUCCAGAAACUGAAAUCUCAUUGUGCAUUUGUUCUCCAGAAGAACUUACCUGAAAGACAACUUCUUGUCCAUCUGAAAGAGACUGAUCGACGAACCUACACAAAGCUACAAAGUCCGAUUUCUAAUGUCUCUGGGAUUCAUGAAAAUCUUCUUCAAAUCUUUCAAAGAAGAGAAGAUUCAAUCGAUUCUGAUCAAUGCGAUGAUGCAAUGUUUCAAUGUUUCAAAGUGGCAAUGUUUGAAUGGGAAGAGAUGAAUGAGUAUAUGCGCAAUGAGAUGAAAACAUUUCAAGACAACGGUCAAAACGAUUCCAAUGUAUCAGAAGUUGUCCACGAGAAUAAUCGUUUCUUGCAUCACGUAGGAAGUCGAAGUACUGCAGUCUACUCGAAAAUGAAAACACCUUAUCCAGAUAUUAGUGUCUAG